AAUCAAGUGGCUUACCAGUAUAAUUUACGAUGAUGAUGAGGUAGAGGAAGCGAGAAAAAAAAGCUCUGUCGAAAAACCCUCGCCAGAAUUUCGCAACCGAACAAGGAAGAGAAAAUAAAUCUCUCGGGCGACAUCUCAGCCGUGCAGCUGUGAAAGAUGCACAGUCUGUUGGCUGCAUAUCAUAGCUGGUGAAAAUGGGAGGUUGCUGCAGCUCUUCGAGGAAUUCACAGCUUGUUGGAACACCUGUGUACUAUUACUGUCCAGAAUCUUUUGGAGAGCUUGGGCCUUCAGGAGCUCGUGCUGGUGUGGGAUCAGCAUUCACCACAGGCCUCUUGGUUGAUAUAGGUUUGGAGACAUCUAUACCGGACACCUUUUGUGCUCCUGCUCCUCUUCCAUAUGAUUUGCUUUUGGGGAGACCUCAGUGCGCAGUUUCUGAGCCUAUCAAAGGAAUGACUAGUGAUAGCAGUUUUGAAACACUAGCGACAUGUGAAGAUCUCAUGGGAUUAGACUGUAAAACUCAACCCAGCUCAGUGAUUCUCUCACCGAGCAAAUCAGUUAUAUGUAAACAAAAAGGAUGUAACCAAUUGGUAGAUGAAGAAGAAGACUCUUGUCCCAUUUGCUUUGAAGAUUAUGAUGUUGAGAAUCCAAGACUAACGACAAAGUGUGAGCACGACUUUCACCUCUCUUGUCUUCUGGACUGGAUUGAAAGAAGCGAUAGUUGCCCUAUAUGCGAUAAGGAAGUUGUGUUUGAUGAUUGCUUGAACUAGCAUAUCUCUAUCCUCUGUGUUGGAAGUUUGAAGCGGUAUCUUAUUCGGUUAGUCCACUACAUAAUUUGCAUAUCUCUCUUUUGUUACGUCAUCCCACAUAAGUGUUUGGUCUCUCUACGUUUUCGUCUUGUUUUGUAAAUUUGGUUAUGUUCCUGAAUUGGUGCAGUCAUAUAGAUAUACUGAUAUACAUACAAUUGUAAAUAUCAUCAGCUUCCUCUUCGGGUGUGUGUUCCUGAAUUGGUGUGAUAUAAAAAGAUGUUUGCAUUUCCAAAAUCAUAUUCAAUUGCCUUCA